AUGCUCUCGAAGUUAACGCGCCCAUUAAGGAGCAAAAAGCUCUUUUCGGCUGCCUAUGACCUAACAUUUAGCCGGACAAUGUUCGAUAAUCGAUAUAUAUCAAAUACAAGAUUGUUGAAUCUUGCUCUCACGAGGGGACAGGUGUCAAAUGGCUGCUUUUGUCGUUUUGCUUCCGUCAAUAGCGGGAAACCGCCCGAAGCUCCUCCAGGGUCGGAUAGUGGCGCAAGUCCUACUGGCAACAACCCGUCCGAUAUGCCCUCACAGCAUCCGUUUGCCCUUUCCACUCAGAACAUUCCGGAGAUUUUUCCGUGUGUGCCCAUUAUUCCGAUUGCGGGACAUCCUCUUUUUCCCAAGUUUGUAAAAAUGUUGGAGAUCACAGAUCAGUCUUUGAUGGAACUGAUUCGGCGCAAGAUGAAACUUAACCUACCUUAUGCCGGUGUAUUUCUAAAGAAGAAUCCGAACGACACUUCUGAUGUAGUCAAAAGUUUGGACGAGCUCUAUCGGGUUGGUACAUUUGUUCAGAUAGCAGAAUGGGACGAUAUGGGUAUGAAGAUUCGUAUGCUCGUUAUUGGUCAUCGAAGGAUUCAAAUUGUCAAAGCUGUUCCUGAUAUCGCCGAUGAUGCUGAUGCUGAUUCGACGUUAAAUGAUGAAAAAUCUAGAAAUAAACGCAAUGGGCUACUACGCCGUGUUCGCAAGGCAGCGCAUCUGGCUGGUCUGCCUACCGAAGAGAUUCCAGUCUUGAAAGAGUUGAAGGAGGAGGCGGCGUCUGCUGAUUCAACAGCUUCGCCUCCAUCAUCACCUGAAGAAGGGAACCAGGAUGACGGAAGCCAAAAGCAAACGUCAUCGUCAUCGUCACCAGAAAACCUUCUCAUGGUGGAGACUAUCAACGUGUACAAUGAGCCAUUCGAAAAUACUCAGGAAAUGAAGGCGUUGAGCGCAGAGAUUGUUAAAACAAUUCGGGACAUUAUCAACCUCAAUCCGAUCUACCGAGAGAAUGUAUUGGCGAUGCUUCAAGUUGGUCAACGUGUGGUGGAUAACCCCGUCUACCUUAGUGAUCUUGGGGCAGCAAUAACGGCAGCUGCAGAGCCGGGUGAACUACAAGCUGUGCUAGAAGAGACUCGGAUUCCGGAGCGCCUUAGGUUAGCCCUGAAUUUGGUGAAAAAGGAACUGGAGCUGGGUCGUCUCCAACAGCAGAUUGGCCAGGAGGUGGAGGAGAAGGUGAAAGCUCAACAUCGCAAGUACAUGUUGAUGGAACAAUUGAGAGUGAUUAAGAGAGAACUGGGUCUGGAAAAGGAUGACAAAGAGGCCAUUGCGGAGAAGUUUAGAUCUCGACUCUCGGGAUUAACUGUUCCGCAAGCGGUGGGCGAAGUUAUUGAGGAGGAGCUGAACAAACUGAGCGUUUUGGAUAAUCACUCUUCUGAAUUCAACGUCACACGCAAUUAUCUGGACUGGCUUACAAAUUUGCCCUGGGGCCUAACAAGCGAGGAGAACCUGGAUUUGGCUCGUGCUCGUGUUGUUUUGGACGAGGAUCACUAUGGAUUGGACGAUGUCAAGAAACGCAUUCUUGAAUUUAUCGCUGUGAGCCAACUGAAGGGGAGUACGCAGGGCAAGAUUAUCUGUUUCCAUGGUCCGCCGGGAACAGGCAAAACCAGUAUUGCUCGGUCAAUAGCCCGAGCUCUUAACAGAAAGUAUUUCCGCUUCUCCGUUGGCGGCAUGUCGGAUGUUUCCGAAAUCAAGGGGCAUCGACGAACCUACGUGGGUGCGAUGCCUGGCAAGAUCAUCCAGUGUUUGAAGAAAACACGAACUGAAAAUCCACUCAUUUUGAUUGAUGAAAUUGACAAACUCGGUCGCGGUUGGCAGGGCGAUCCCGCCUCCGCGCUGUUAGAACUGUUGGAUCCUGAACAGAACGUCAACUUCCUUGACCACUACUUGGAUGUGACAGUCGAUUUGAGCCGCGUCCUCUUCAUCACGACAGCCAAUCAAGUGGAGGCGAUCGCAGAACCCUUACGAGAUCGAAUGGAGCUUAUUGAGGUGGCCGGUUAUGUGGCCGAGGAGAAGAUGGCCAUAGCCCAGCAAUACUUACUCCCGCAAGCUGCCAAGUUAUCGGGACUGUCCACUGAACAGGUGGAAAUAACAGAUGGAGCGUUGCAGCGUCUUAUUAAACAAUAUUGUCGGGAAUCUGGCGUACGAAAUCUGCAAAAACACAUUGAAAAGGUGCUUCGCAAAGCCGCCUACAAAAUUGUCAACGGUGAAACUGGGCUGCCACUGAAAGUGGACGAAGACAACCUUCACUCUUUCGUGGGUCAACCUAUUUGGAUAACGGAUCGACUUUACCCACCUGUAACACCACCUGGGGUUGUUAUGGGUCUUGCGUGGACUGCUAUGGGCGGCUCUGUGCUCUUUAUCGAAUGUACCAACAAGGAACCACUAUCGAAUAACUUGGACAAUGCCGAUAGCAAAAAGGAUAAUGACGCGAAAGGAAGUCUUCAACUCACUGGUCAUCUUGGUGAUGUAAUGAAGGAAUCGGUUGCGAUCGCGCACACCUUUGCUGGCAAUUUUGUGGUAUCGGACGAAACACUUCGUCAGAGAUUGCAGAAUGCCACAACCACAACGUCCCUUGCUCACAGAUUCCUUCGAGAUGCAAAAAUUCACCUCCACGUACCUCAAGGAGCCACUCCCAAGGACGGUCCUUCAGCUGGCAUCACUAUGGUUACAGCUCUACUCAGUCUGGCUUGUAACCUUCCCGUGCGCCCUGAUUUGGCAAUGACCGGUGAAAUCAGUCUCACCGGAAAAGUUCUCCCGGUUGGUGGAAUCAAAGAGAAGGUCAUUGCGGCCAAGCGUGUCGGUGUGAAGACGGUGAUCCUACCAGAGAUGAAUAGGAAGGACUAUGAAGACUUGGCUGACUUUAUUAAGGCUGACCUCGCAGUACACUUUGUGAGCCACUACUCCGAGGUCUUUCCCAUCGCCUUUCCUGCACAGUGA